CUUGUAAAUCCCACCAGCAUCCCGCCAACCGCAUACUCAACGACCAGAAACAACCCUGGUCGGAUCGCAAUUCUGACUGGGUUUUUCAUUUGCAGGACGAUCCUACUCAUUCUUGUACGGUAUCUUUGACCUUGCAUACUACGUACCUACUUCAGUGCGCCAGCCCGAUUAGAGGUUACUGUAUGCCCUGGUCACAUUGAACCAACGAGAACUCGUUCCCGUUGCAGCGAUCAUCUAUCCAUCCAUCAUCAGCUGUGGCGGACGGCCUUCGCCAUUAUACCUACCUACCUAGCCAUACGACCAAUCUUUAGAGAGCGUCGUCUCUUCAGAGGUCCUUGCCGUAUUCCGCAGCACUAGAUUUGAUCCUCCAUCUGACGGGUUUUUGUCCUGUCGCAUGCCUCGCAUCCAUCCAUCUCUCACUUGGCAGUCAAGCCCCUCAUCUGACCUGCCAUCCUCACUUCCCUUACAAUCGACUUUAGGCCACACUCGGCCAACCCACACAUUUUCCAAACCUAAUUCUUUGGUACGGAUACUGGGGUUGGUUUUGGUUGCUUCCCUAUCUCGGUAGUCGCACUUUCGCGUCUUUCCCUUAACCAAGGGUCCUUUGUUACCUUUACGCUGCAUCCUAGGGCAGCCAUAAGCCAGAUCCACUCCCACGGCUCUUGCCAUUUUAGUGAUUAUUGCUCGCCUGCGGCUCAGCUGUUCCUGCGAGCACUGCCCGGGCAACAACCGAUCAUCCUCUGACUUGCGGCUGACUGAGACAAGGCCACUCAAGUCGGCUGCUCUUCUUUGUCACCACUACGGCCACCUUCUAUUGUUGAGUGAAUCUCUGACCCAGUAUUCAAGCUGCAUCCGCGAUGAGUGCACCUGAUCCUGACCUCCCCAUCGAUACUAUUGUCGUCGGUGGAGAUUCGUAUACCCACUCGGAGGAUGAGAGCAUGGUUGAGGACGACGGCCUCAACGACAUUUACAGCGACGACGGAGACCAGCAGGCUCAAAAUGGUGAGCACGCUACCGUCGAUGCUGCCCCUGGAGACAAGCUGAACCAAGAACACGUUGACGACGAUGACUACGCCAACUCUUUCGACUCACCCAAUGCAGAACACGAUGCAACCUUGGAGGACCAAGGCGAGACCAGUGUAUCAGAGCAACUGCAAUUGAAUAACGCCACUUCAAAUGACACGUCAGCGUCAAAUUCUGCUCCAGCAGAGUCUACUGCCGUUGAUACUGUUAAUGAGAUUGAGAACAAGACCGCUCCCGCAAAUUCUGUUGAAUCGGGCCAUCUGACAUCGCCACGCACACCCGCUAUGGCAUCCGUUGGACCUUCUGCAGAACCACCAGCCCAGCCUGCGCCGGAAUCCGUAGUGGAAUCAGAGGACACAGCCAAGCCGGUAGUAUCAACUUCUCAGCAGUUGCAAGGGUCGCAUCAGCAGGAACAGGAAGAACAACCACAGCCAGAUUUGUCCCAAGUCGUUGCAACACAACCGGAUACUGACGUAUCUGGAAGUGAAGCCCUGUCCGCGACGGUUCCCAAGAAUGCUCACUAUAGCCAUGAUGACGCCGCAAAUGAUGCCAACCUUGCCUUUGACAUCCAAGAGCUGGUAAAAGAUAUCAAGGCUGCUUCCUCGCCGUCGCCUUCAGCCUCCUCCGGCUCGUCUUCCGAAUCUGACUCGUCUGGAGAGAUGCAGAUUGAUGCAGAAUCCCCUCCACCACCAGAAUCUAGUACUUCAUUGGAGACAUCCGUUCCUGUAUCGCUCGUCAAUGUCCCGACAGAAAGCACAUCAUCGGUGGGCGGCCCAGAAUCGGCAACCCUGACGGAACUUGCUUCCAUCCCACUGAUGCCAAAUGCCUCCCUUCCUGCUCCCGUACAGGGCCGCGCCCAAUCCUCAAAAAAAGCAAACGGCGGCAAAAAGGGAAAAAAGGAAUCCCAAGUGCCGUCGAAUGCACCUUCCGCUCCUGCCAACGCACGCGCUCCGCCGUCCGGUCCUAAAGGACAGGGCCAAAACAACAACCGCCAGGGCAACAACCAACGCUCAGUGACACAAACGUAUGAAGGCUUUGUGAAUGAUGAACGCCGAUACACUGCGGAGGCUAAAUGGGAAAAAUUUCCAGAAGGAUCCCGUAUAUUCGUCGGCAAUUUGUCACAAGACAGGGCCACCAAAAAAGAGGUUUUUAACAUAUUCCAUCCAUAUGGCCGGCUGGCACAAAUAUCACUCAAGUCCGCAUAUGGAUUUGUACAAUACCACGCUGCUUCUGAAGCUGCCGAGGCCAUUAAACAUCUCCAAGGAGUUGAUGUUCGCGGCCGCAAACUAAACCUCGAGGUUUCAAAAACACAAAAGAGAAAUGGCAAGGAACGUGAGCGUUCGCCGGACCGUAACGACAAGAACAAGAAGCGCAAGAGUGAUUCAUUUGACGGAGGCCGCGAACUAGGACGUAACACAGAUGGCUACCGGCCUAGCUACGAUCAGCCUCGCAGAGGUGACAGACACGGCGAAGACUCGCGCGGUCGGUAUGGCGACCGAGGCAGGUCAAGAUCGCGAUCCCCCAGACCCUACUCUAGGAACGAGGAUCAUCGUCAACGUAGCCCGCUGCGAGGAUCUUAUAGCGACCAACGCGGGCACGAUUCGAGCCGCGACCCGCAACCCCACGCCAUCGCCCCCGAUUCACAGAUCCUACUGCUUGAAGACGUCAACCGCGACUUUGUUCAAUAUGUCAAGAAGGCGUUCACAGACGUGGGGCUUACGACCGACGUCAUGUUUGUCGAUGUAAGGGCCAUGGAUAACGUUCAACAGCGUUUGAUCAUGCAGGGUGCCCACGCGUCUGUCCAACUCGACAUGCGAGCCCAAACCAUCGGAAAGGUUACAAUGCGAGUCUUCAAGCGCACUCCGGGCGUUUCGCACGUCAGCUAUGAUGAGUAUCGUGAUCUCGACGUCAACAUCGCUGCUAGCUUGGUCUUGCAGACCAAAAACAUGAGCCGUUCGCAGCAAGCUCCUCCUCCUCCUGUCUACCCACCCCACGCCGCAUCUGGAUAUCCGCACGCGUACCCAGCGCCAGCGUAUGGUGCGCCUGCACAUACCAUGCCUGCACAACAACCUGUGAUGCCAGGAGCCUUGGGGCAAGUCGAUCCUGCAAUUCUUCAACGGGUCCUCAUGCAACUAAAUGGAGGUCAGCCUCAAGCUCAUGCCGCCCCGACCGCGUACGGGGCGCUGCCGCAUGUUCCAGUUAUGGCGCCUGCUCCAGCUGCACCUGCUCCUGCGACUACAUCACAAAUCGAUAUCAAUGCCAUCUUAAACAACUUGAGGAGUGCAGGCGCAAACAGCGUCCCUGCUCCAGGGCCUGGGCCUGCAGCCUACGGGACUGCUGCACCCUAUCCUGGCCCCAAUCCGAUAUCUCCUGUCACCGGUGGUCCUGGCACCGCACCCCAUGCCGGAGCCGCGAAUACGAAUCAGCAUGUCCAAAACAUUAUGGCCCAGCUCUCUCGGUUCAGACAAUGAAUGACAGGGCUCCAAUACAGUCCAAAGUGAUGAUGCAUCUAGACUUUGCCCUGUCUGGGUUGCGCGACUGUAGUAGCAUAUUUGUGAUAACUAUUUUGCCGUCACGUGGAUACCAAAAGCUUGUCUUUUCGAUGUACAUAGCUUUGUUUUCCCCGCGUGGUUGGCUUAUAUGCCGCCUUAGCGUAGGGUUAAGUAGUAGUUAAUGAACACUAGGGCUGUUUGAAUGUCCUUGAAACCAUAGUUUGUAGAAGACUCAGGGUGUGGCUGUAAAUUUUCAUGAGGUUGGAUAAGAAGAUUUAUUUCUCCUUAUCAGCUCUAAAAAGCACAAACGGAUAUUCCAAGAUGGCAGUUGACAGAAUUCUAUGCAGUUUAUGGAUCUAUAUGGUAUACAUUUACUAGUACAUGAAACUAGCAGCC